GCGAGCGAGCGGGCGGCGCAGCCGGCGUGUCUGGGCCGCCUCACAGGGAGGGAGGGGGCAGCCGCCCGCCCGGCGGCGACCCCCGGGCCGGCCGCCACCAUGGGCUUCGAGCUGGACCGCUUCGACGGCGACGUGGACCCGGACCUGAAGUGCGCUCUGUGUCACAAGGUCCUGGAGGACCCUCUGACCACGCCGUGCGGCCACGUCUUCUGCGCCGGCUGCGUGCUACCCUGGGUGGUGCAGGAGGGCAGCUGCCCCGCGCGCUGCCGCGGCCGCCUGUCGGCCAAGGAGCUCAACCACGUCCUGCCCCUCAAGCGCCUCAUCCUCAAGCUGGACAUCAAGUGCGCGCACGCGGCGCGCGGCUGCGGCCGGGUGGUGCAGCUGCAGCGGCUGCCCGAGCACCUCCAACACUGCGACUUCGCGCCCGCGCGCUGCCGCCACGCCGGCUGCGGCCAGGUGCUACUGAGGCGCGACGUGGAGGCACACAUGCGCGAUGCUUGCGACGCGCGGCCCGUGGGCCGCUGCCAGGAGGGCUGCGGGCUGCCCCUGACCCGCGGGGAGCAGCGCGCGGGCGGCCACUGCUGCGCGCGGGCCCUGAGGGCGCACAACGGUGCGCUGCAGGCCCGCCUGGGCGCGCUGCACAAGGCGCUCAAGAAGGAGGCGCUGCGCGCGGGCAAACGCGAGAAGUCCCUGGUGGCACAGCUGGCCGCCGCGCAGCUGGAGCUGCAGAUGACCGCGCUGCGCUACCAGAAGAAGUUCACCGAGUACAGCGCACGCCUCGACUCCCUCAGCCGCUGCGUGGCCGCGCCGCCCGCUGGCAAGGGUGAAGAAACCAAAAGCCUGACACUUGUCCUGCAUCGGGACUCCGGCUCCCUGGGAUUCAAUAUCGUCGGUGGCCGGCCGUGUAUGGACACCCAAGAUGGAUCAUCCAGUGAAGGCAUCUUUGUGUCCAAAAUAGUUGACAGUGGGCCUGCAGCCAAGGAAGGAGGCCUGCAAAUUCAUGACAGGAUUAUUGAGGUCAAUGGCAAAGAUUUAUCCCGGGCAACUCAUGAUCAGGCCGUGGAAGCCUUCAAGACAGCCAAGGAGCCCAUUGUGGUCCAGGUGUUGAGACGAACACCAAGGACCAAGAUGUUCACGCCACCAUCAGAGUCGCAGCUGGUGGACACGGCCACCCAAACAGACAUCACCUUUGAACACAUCAUGGCUCUCACCAAGAUGUCCUCGCCCAGCCCACCCGUGCUGGACCCCUACCUCCUACCAGAGGAGCAUCCCUCGGCCCACGAGUACUAUGAUCCAAAUGACUACAUUGGCGACAUCCACCAGGAGAUGGACAGGGAGGAGCUGGAGCUGGAGGAAGUAGACCUCUACCGCAUGAACAGCCAGGAUAAGCUCGGCCUCACCGUGUGCUACCGGACGGAUGACGAAGACGACAUUGGGAUUUAUAUAAGUGAGAUUGAUCCCAACAGCAUUGCCGCCAAGGAUGGGCGCAUCCGAGAAGGAGACCGCAUUAUCCAGAUUAAUGGAAUAGAAGUGCAGAACCGCGAAGAGGCCGUGGCUCUUUUAACCAGCGAGGAGAACAAGAACUUUUCCUUGCUGAUUGCAAGGCCUGAACUUCAGCUGGAUGAGGCUUGGAUGGACGACGACCGCAACGACUUCCUGGAUGACCUGCACAUGGAUAUGCUGGAGGAGCAGCACGACCAGGCCAUGCAGUUCACGGCCAGCAUGCUCCAGCAGAAGAAACAUGAGGAGGACGGAGGAACCACGGACACUGCCACCAUCCUGUCCAACCAGCAUGAGAAGGACAGCGGGGUGGGACGCACGGACGAGAGCACGCGCAACGACGAGAGCUCAGAGCAGGAGAACAACGGGGACGAUGCCCCGGCAGCAUCCGCCGCGGCACUGCCGGGCCACAGGAAGCUCAGCUGCAGCCAGGACACCCUGGGCAGCGGCGACCUGCCCUUCAGCAACGAAUCCUUCGUGUCAGCCGACUGCACGGACGCAGACUACCUGGGUAUCCCGGUGGACGAGUGCGAGCGCUUCCGCGAGCUCCUGGAGCUCAAGUGCCGGGCGGGCAGCGUCGGGCCCUGCAGUCCCUACUAUUCUGGCAGUGGCCUAGACGCUGCCAAGAGCGACCCCGAGAGCGUGGACCAAGAGCUGGCGCUGCUGAACGAGGAGCUGCGCAGCAUCGAGCUGGAGUGCCUAAGCCUGGCCCGCGCGCACCGGGCGCCGCCACUGCGCGAGCCAGGCCGCGAGCCCUGGGCGCUGCCCCACGGAGGCCUGCGCACCUGCAACCCUGGCGCUGAUGCGCGCCGCCGCGAGCUCUCGGACAUCACCGAGCUGCCGGAGAGGUCCGACAAGGACAGCUCGAGCGCCUAUAACACGGGCGAGAGCUGCCGCAGCACACCACUCGCGUUGGAGAUCUCGCCCGACAACUCCCUGCGGAGGGUGGCCGAGGGUCUGGGCCGCCCGCGCGGCGAGGGUCUCGCCGAAGUCCCCGGGCCGGCUGCCAACAGCCUACUGGCCAUCACCGAAGACCCCGAGCUUGGCUCCCCUACCUACGGCUCUUCGGCAGCCGCGGAGUCCGGCCCCGGCCAGGUCCCUGAGGGUCACGAGCGCAGGGCAGCCGACAACAGCCGCAGCCCCGCGGGCAGCCCUACACCGGGCGCGGCACACGCAGCCACGUGCCCACACUCGCCUUACAAGCACGCACACAUCCCGGCGCACGCACGCCACUACCAGAGUUACAUGCAGUUGAUCCAACAGAAAUCGGCCGUGGAGUAUGCUCAGAGCCAGGUGAGCCUGCUGAGCGUGUGUAAGGACCUGGGUCCCAGCGGCGCCUCGGAGCCGAGGAUGCAGUGGAAAGUGAAGGUGCGCAGCGACGGCACGCGCUACAUCACCAAGAGGCCGGUCCGCGACCGCCUGCUGCGCGAGCGCGCGCUCAAGAUCCGCGAGGAACGCAGCGGCCUCACCACGGACGACGACGCCGCCAGCGAGCUCAAGACCGGGCGCUACUGGAGCAAGGAAGAGCGCAAGCAGCACGUGGUGCGCGCCCGCGAGCAGCGGCGCCGGCGUGAGCUCAUGAUGCAGAGCCGCCUGGACUGCCUCCGCGAGCAGCACGCGGCCGACGAGCGCCGGGAACUGAGCAUCCUGGAACUGAGCCACAAGAAGAUGAUGAAGAAGAGGAACAAGAAGAUCUUCGACAACUGGAUGACCAUCCAGGAACUGCUCACGCACGGCACCAAGUCUCCGGACGGCACGAGGGUGUACAACGCCUUCCUGUCGGUAACGACGGUAUAACUGGCCGUGCGUUCCUGGGAGCUGUGUACAUACCAAGAGACCACUCCGGGUGGGGGCAAGAGAGACACACACCUGCCUCGUUCAAUGCGGCAGGCUCCUUGUACAUACGACGAGCGCGGCCACCGUGUCUAUAGUCCAGAUAGGGCACCGCCCUCAGCGCUGGGUGCCAUAGCUCUAUUUUAAGCGGAGGGACAAAGCACACCCUUCCCUACCUUGGAGGUCAAUGUUAACAGCUUUUUUUGCGAAUAGCGGUUGUACUUUUUUACCUGGUACCUUUUACAUAAAAGUGUUUUAAAUUUCAGAAAGAUCUUUUAUGAAGCUUUCACAGAAUAAUUUCUUUAAACUAUAUUCAUAUAAAAAAAAGUUAAACGUGCUGUUUUUUUCCUGCCUAAAACACAAAUGCGAUUGCCAGCCUGUAUUUUUAAU